AUGGCGGCGCACAUGGAAAGUGAUACAGACGACGAUGUUCUGCAAGUGGAGGACGAUUAUUACACUUUUCUGAACAUCGGCAAAGAUGCUACCGAAGACGAGAUAAAGAAUGCCUACAAGAGAUUGAGUAAGAUAUACCACCCGGACAAGCAUGCGGACCCUCUCAGUAAGCGGGAUGCGGAGGUGCUUUUCAACAAGACCCGGAGAGCUUACGAUGUGUUGAUUAACCCCCACAAGAGAGCCAUAUAUGACACGCUGGGAGUCAAGGGUCUCGAAACAGAAGGAUGGCAGAUUGUACAGCGCACAAAGACGCCACAAGAAAUCAGGGAGGAGUACGAGCGGCUGGCACGAGAGCAAGAAGAAAGGCGUCUACAGCAGCGAACAAAUCCAAAGGGAAGCAUCAGUGUUGGAAUUGAUGCCACAGACCUUUUUGAGGCCUACUAUGAUGAUGAUACGAGAGGGUAUUUGCCACAAAUGGAAAUCAACAGCAUGACCAUCAAUCAGUCAAUCGAAGCACCUCUGAGCCUGAAUGACACGGUCACAAUGAGCGGGAACCUGUCGGCUCAAAAUGGAACCGGGAACGGGAACAUUACUUGCUCCCUCCGGCAUGUUGUGUCGCAGAAAAUGUGGUCGGAGUUUGAAAUUGGCGCUGGGAAUGGCCUCCUCUGUGGAGUGAAAGGCUUCAGAACACUCUCUAAGAGAAGCUUUGCGUCAGCUCAAGGGCUGCUUCAAGUCACUCCCAUUGGCCUGCAACCAGGCUGCAAUAUUGUGGUGGCACGACAGCUGGGCAAGCAUACGGUGGGCUACCUGACGUGGAAAGCUGGAUUACAGUCGGCAAUGAACACCACAGUCAUUUGGGAUGCCAGCUACGGCCACUUUAUUUGUGCACUACAGCUUGGAGUCCCGAACACUUUUGCCAUGGUCAGCUACACCUACAAGUUUCCUGAUGAAGGUCGGUUAAAAGGCAGCAUAAAAAUAGGCACCUUCGGAGCAAUAGUGGAAUAUGGUGUUGAGAAAAAAAUAUCCCAGCACAAUACUAUAGGAGCAACGAUGGUCAUAGGCGUUCCUUCUGGAGUUACACUCAAACUAAGAUUGAAUCGAGCCACGCAGAGCUUUGUGUUUCCCAUUUUUUUGUCGGAAGAGCCCCUUCCCAGCGCCAUAUUCUAUGGUACAGUGACACCCCUCGUGGCGUGGUACAUUCUUCAGACCUUUGUGAUAGUGCCUUACACUCAACGACAAAAGCAAAGGGAAGCGAUGAGAGCUCGGGAGGCCAACGCAGCCAAGCUGGCAGAGAGGAAAAAGGAAGCUGAGGCUGCGGUGGCACUGAUGAGAGAGACGUACCUGAGAAUCAAAAGCUCCGAGGUCGAACGAGGUGGGCUCGUCAUCGUCGAAGCUCUCUACGGAAACUUCUCCGAGGAAGAGGAGAACAAUGUUUCCCAGACGACCGUCCGGGAAGUGGUGGACGUCACAAUUCCCCUACAGUGCCUUGUGAAGGAUUCGCACCUCAUGUUGACGGAUGCAUCCAAGAGCAACCUGCCAGGCUUCUAUGACCCUUGCCUGGGCGAGCCCAAAUCGCUGCAUGUACGAUACCGCUUUAGGAAUCUAGACCACGAAGUCAGGCUGGCAGACGAAGAGGCUGUCCGCAUACCUAAGGAGUCACAUCUCACGAGAUCAUAGUAAUUCAUGGAGAUGCAGUAGCGUUUCGCAUUGCCUUCUUGUCAACGUAGAAGAAUUAUUGUAAAGAUAAUAAAAUAGAAUGAGAUUUA